CUUCCCACCUCGGAGCCCCUCCUCGGCCCCUCAACCGCAAAUCGAUCCGCAGCAGGCUCGAAGCGCGCUGAAACCCCGUCGUUUUCCCCGCGCGCGCUCUCUCUCUCUGUCUCUGUCUCUGUCUCUGUCCCUGUCCCUGUCCCUGUCUCUGCAAUGGGGGUGUCGCUUGCCUCCGGGCCGACCCUCUUCGUCUUCCUCCUGGCGGUCGCGUCGGCGCUGAGCUCUCGGGCCGGGUCGGAGCCGACCCGGGACAAGCAGGCCCUCCUCGAUUUCAUCCGGCAGACCCCGCACGCCAACCGCGUCCAGUGGAGCGCCUCCGCCCCCGCCUGCGGCUGGUUCGGGGUCACGUGCGACGGCACCAACUCGUCCGUCCUCGAGCUCCGCCUCCCCGCCGUCGGCCUCGUCGGUGCGAUCCCGCCGGGCACCAUCGGCCGGCUGUCCCAGCUCCAGGUCCUCAGCCUCCGGUUCAACGGGCUCUCCGGCCCGGUCCCCUCGGACUUCGCCAACCUGACCCUCCUGCGGAGCCUCUACCUCCAGGGCAACGAGUUCGCCGGCGACUUCCCGCCGGGCCUGACUCAGCUGACUCGGCUGAUCCGACUCGACCUCUCCUUCAACAACUUCUCCGGGCAAAUCCCCUUCGCGGUCAACAAUUUGACCCGCCUGACGCACCUCUUCCUCCAGAACAACCAAUUCUCCGGCAGCCUCCCCAGCAUCGACGCCAGCGGCCUCGCCUACUUCAACGUCUCCUACAACCGCCUCAACGGCUCGAUCCCGACCUCCCUCGCGAGGUUCGACGCGUCUGCCUUCGCCGGUAACCUCGACCUCUGCGGCGGUCCCCUCAAGCCCUGCAACCCGUUCUUCCCCUCUCCUGCUCCGUCUCCGAUCCCGCCUUCCCCGAUCCCCAUUGCUAAGAAGUCCAAGAAGAAGCUCUCCACCGCCGCAAUCGUCGCGAUUGCGGUCGGCUCCGCCCUAAUCGGAUUCUUGAUUCUGCUCCUCCUGGUGCUGUGCCUCCGCCGGCGUGGGCGCCGGCGGACGCCGAAGCCGCCGAAGCACGUGGGGGCGGCCGGGCCGCCGAGGUCCGCGGCCGCAGAGGCAGGGACGUCGUCGUCGAAGGACGACAUCACGGGGGGCUCGGUGGAGGCGGAGAGGAACAAGCUGGUGUUCUUGGAAGGCGGGGUCUACAGCUUCGACCUGGAGGACCUGCUGCGAGCGUCGGCGGAGGUCCUGGGGAAGGGCAGCGUGGGGACGUCGUACAAGGCGGUGCUCGAGGAAGGCACGACCGUGGUGGUGAAGAGGCUGAAGGACGUGGUGGCGAGCAAGAAGGAGUUCGAGGCGCAAAUGGAGGUGCUCGGGAAGGUGAAGCACGAGAAUGUGGUCCCCCUGCGAGCCUUCUACUACUCCAAGGACGAGAAGUUGCUGGUCUAUGACUACAUGGCCGCCGGUAGCUUGUCUGCUCUACUUCAUGGCAGUAGAGGAUCGGGGCGUACGCCGCUGGACUGGGAGAACCGGCUUAAGAUCGCAAUCGCCACUGGGAGAGGCCUAGCACACCUUCACGCUGCGGGCAAGGUGGUCCACGGCAACAUCAAGUCCUCCAAUAUCCUGCUCCGACCCGACCACAAUGCCUGCGUGUCGGAUUUUGGACUGAAUCCUCUGUUUGGCACCGCGACCCCACCCAAUCGGGUCGCUGGUUACCGGGCCCCCGAGGUCGUGGAGACCCGGAAGGUCACGUUCCAAUCCGACGUGUACAGCUUCGGGGUCUUGUUGCUCGAGCUGUUGACGGGCAAAGCGCCCAAUCAGGCCUCCCUCGGGGAUGAGGGCAUCGACCUGCCCAGGUGGGUCCAGUCGGUCGUGCGCGAAGAAUGGACGGCCGAGGUCUUCGACGUGGAGCUCAUGAGGUACCACAACAUCGAGGAGGAGAUGGUGCAGCUGCUGCAGAUCGCCAUGUCCUGCGUCGCGGUCGCGCCCGACCAGAGACCCCCCAUGGUGGAGGUGGUCCGGAUGAUGGAGGAAAUGAAUCGGGGCGAGACGGACGAAGGGUUGAGGCAGUCCUCGGACGACCCCUCCAAGGGAUCGGAUGGUCAGACUCCGCCCAUGGAGUCGAGGACGCCGCCCAUAGGCAUCACGCCUUAAAGCUCGGAGCUUCAAGAACAUUCUUGCGAUUCAUUGAGAUGGGUCAUUCUCAGAAACGUGCACAGGGUGAGUAAAUAACAGAUUCUCAAGUGUCCAUCCAAUUUCCAUUUCAACCUGAUAGAAGGGUCAAUUUUUUUCUUUCUUCUCUUUGAAAUUUCUUCCUCCUGUUCUUGAAGAAAUCUGCAAGGGGUCUUUCAUAUUUUUUGCCUGGUGGGGGUUGUGAAUUUGAUUCUUAGGGGGUGGGGCAAGUUGGAGUUUCAUUUGGGGAGUUCCAUGACCUUAUUGGAAUUUGACAAGUGACCACUUUGGUGCGUGUAGUUGGGUUUAUUUAAAUUCUUUUCUUUAUCAUUACUUCACAUAUCAAUGUACCACUGUCUCUCAACUCUACCUCACGGAUUUUCUUCUCUUCUUCAUGUG